AUGUCUUAUCAAAUGCAAACACUCCCUGGUAUAACCUUGCUUGGUCAGCCCGAGAAAAAUGGAGUUUAUGAUCAACAGGAGAUAGUAACACUUAUAACACAAUACUACGAACUUCUCGCCAAAAUGUGCUACUUUCCCGCAUCCUACAUCAAAUAUGCACCCCACGAUCCUCCCAUCGACGUGGAUCUCGCAAAGAGCUUUGAUCUUGAACCACAAGUCAUUGAAUUUCUUCAAGCCCUGCCAUAUGUUGAGGGCUAUAGCAAUGAAGAUGAGUUUAUACUUGGUGGAAGUUUUGCCGAUAUGAGGGAUCUGGAAGUAUUGAUGCAAAGCCGAGAUCCGGGAUUUGCUUCUCCUAAAGGCGGAUUUGAUGAUGAGAACGGAGAGUAUAUGAGACCUUGGGAAGUCUGCAUCAAUGAAUGUGGAAAUCAUGGAACAAUGAUGUUUCUUGACACGAGGAAUGGCCACAUAACAAUGGAGGGUCAAGAUUCCGGUCAUAGCGAAGACCCCGGCGUAUAUAACUUCCCUGGGGGUCUCCGAAGUCGUAAUCGCAAUUCCCAUGGCCAUCUUCCCAGCCGUCACGCUAGAGAACUCUUCGAAGAUUUUACCAACAGACUUUUAAAACUUCAAUGGAUUCCAAGCUCUGAGGACCGUAGAAUGUUAUCAGAAUGGGAUGAAGAGUACGAAGAUCUGAGACUCCUCUUCCGAGCCUACGGCUGGCCCCAUAAUUUCAAUGCCACCAGCUUCGACUCUGCCUACUCCCGCUGGCGCGAGUUCCUGACGAUAAAGAGCAACGCGUGCGACUCUGCCUCUAAUAUAAUAGAUCAAAAGCUCAAUCUAGAUAGCGCCACAGAGUCUCUAAACUAUCAUUCUAAGUGUGUGCGUAUGGGAGUGUGGGAUCGUGACCCUAGCAAACACCCCGAAGAGAUUUCAAUGUUAGAAACUAUCCUCGAGGAGAACAGGGAAAUAGUCAAUGAGGCAAAUGAAAUUCUAGAAAAAGCUAUUGCUGAUCAUGGAGACUGGAAAGGAGAAAGAGCAGAAAUAAUUAAAGCAUGGAAGAAACAUUUUGAGAAAGAUAUUGAGAGGCAAGAGGGGAAUUUAGAAUGGUGGAGAGGAGAGGGGAGGGCGCAUUGUAAGGAGGAGGAAAUUGAAGAGACUCGGGAGAAGAUACGUAUUUUGAAGGAGAGGUUGGCGAAUGUAGAAGAACAACCAAUUUCAGUAGAAGAGCCCGACGGUGUCAAAUACUACUAUUUCUGCGGUCAUUACUACUACCUCAAUCCCGACGGCUCACAACUCUACGCCUACGGAUCCUGGAAACUGCGAAUCAACACCAGCGGAAAAAGAUAUUGGAUACCAGAACAGCGAGAAUUCGCCUACGAACCUGAUGAGAUGAACGCCCGAUAUAUCUUCAAUUUCGCAGGCGAAGUAAUCUUACGUGAGACACGCGAUCGUUUGCGCGAUAUCGCGGCUCCCAGUCUUGGUACAUUAAUCAUGCGAUAUCAUCGAGGAGCUGCACAAGCGUAUUUAGACGAUCUGGAAAAUAGAAUUGAUAGUGUCAAUGGACGAGAGGAUUGGGAACAGAUGACAAAGGUCGCGUGGGAUGAACUGAUUUAUCUUGAGUGGAAAACGGGGCUGUGGUAUGGAGAGUGGUUGGAGAAGGAACGGAAGAGGCUGCAGGAUAAGGGCCAGUAUACGGAAUAUAAUGUUUGGGUGGACGAUGAAUUGAAGCGUGUGACGGAGGAUAAUGAUGUAGAGAAUAUUAAGGAGGAGAGUAUUGGAGAGGCGGUAAUCAAGAAGGAAAAUGUCAAGACAGAGGAUGUCGAGGAAGAGAUCAUCAAGGAGGAACCUACUGAGGAAGUUUCCAUCAAAGACGAGUUCUCUGGCAAGUUAUUUAUGGAAACAGAAUCUUGA